CGUAGAGAUUCUAUGAUGGUGACGGAACUUCGUAGUUACAAAAAGUAUCUCAUGUGCUUGCCGGCGAAGAUGUGAUAGAAUUCCACGGGUAAUGAUCGUUUGAACGAAUGUUGCGAUUAAAAAAGUGAUUUACAAUGAACCUAACCACAGGGAAUCCUCACGGGAACGGUUUGCUUUACGCUGGUUUCAAUCAGGAUCAAGGAUGUUUCGCUUGUGGUAUGGAAAAUGGCUUCAGAGUAUAUAAUUGUGAUCCUUUAAAAGAAAAAGUACGUCAUUUCAGUGAUGGAGGCCUUGGUUAUGUGGAAAUGCUAUUUAGAUGUAACUAUUUGGCAUUAGUUGGUAGUGGAACAAAACCUAUGUAUCCAACAAAUAAAGUUAUGAUAUGGGAUGACCUUAAAAAAUCACCGGCAAUUACUUUAGAGUUCAAUGCUCCUGUAAGGGGUGUUAAAUUAAGAAGAGAUAGGAUAGUAGUAAUUUUAGAAGGAGUUAUAAAAGUAUAUACAUUUACGCAAAAUCCUCAGCAACUUCACGUGUUUGAGACUAAUCCAAAUCCCAGAGGUCUAUGUGUCUUAUGUCCAAAUAGUAGUAAUUCCUUGCUUGCUUUCCCUGGUAGAAAAAAUGGACACGUUCAAGUGAUAGAUUUGGCUAAUACAGAGAAGCAACCAUUAAAUAUCGAAGCGCAUGAAACACCUUUAUCAUGUAUAGCUUUAAACUUACAAGGUACUAGACUAGCUACAGCUUCAGAAAAGGGAACCUUAAUAAGAGUAUUCGAAACACAGACUGGAAAUAUGAUUAACGAGUUAAGAAGGGGAGCUAAUCAUGCAAAUAUUUACUGCAUUAAUUUCAACCACGAUUCAACUUGGUUAUGUGUAGCAAGUGACCAUGGAACUGUACACGUUUUUGCUGUAGAAGAUCAAAAAUUAAAUCGUCAAUCUAGUUUAGCAUCUGCUACUUUCCUGCCAAAAUACUUUAGUUCCAGCUGGAGCUUUUGUAAAUUUCAAGUUCCAGGUGGUCCACAAUGUAUGUGUGCAUUUGGAACUGAUAACAAUAGUAUUAUAGUAAUAUGCGCAGAUGGUAGUUAUUAUAAAUUUGUGUUUAACAAUAAAGGUGAAUGUACGAAAGAUUUUUAUGCACAGUUCCUUGAAUUAACAGAUGACAAAAUGUGAUUGGAAAAUAAGGAAGAGUAUUCAUUGGAUGAGAUCACAUGGAAUAGUUUAUAUGGAACGUGAGUACUGUGUUGUUAUUUGAAGUCGUAUUAUAUGGUAGAGGACCAAAUGAAAAGUACUAUUAUUUGUUGGUGUUAUAUCCACUGUGCAGAAUUGUGCUAUAUAAUAUAAAAAGAACUUUAAGGAGCGCUAGAAGGCCUAUUUCUGAGAUGUUUACUUAUGGAACUAUACGUUCUUAGAUGUUACAUGCAAAGAGAAGAACUCAAUGUUUAUGAGUUUUGCUUAAUGUGUCAGUGUAAAAAGUAAUUUUCUUACACAUAAAUUAAACAAUCUUUUAACUAACGCUGAUGCAAAUAUAUAAGGAAUAUCAUUCAGAAAGUAAUUCAACAAUUUUUUAUUCAUUAUGCUCAGCAAUUAAAUCAUACGUAUUUUUUUAUAUUUAUUUUAUAAAAUUACAGAUGUCUCAUUUAAUGUAACAGAAAAUAUACGAUGUUCAAAUAUAUUCCGUAUUUUCCGUAUUUUGUAUCAUAAAUGUUGACGAUUUAAUGUAAAACUAUGAAAUUUGGCUACUUAUUGAUCGAAUUCGAUAAUUAACCAACUAAAAAAAUGAGACGUGUAUAACGUAAUCGAGUUUUAUAACCUUUAUUUUUAUUUUUAUCGUUUCAUACAUUUAAUAUACAUAUACACAAGAAAUAACUACAUUUAGUUAUUAUUAUUGAAAUAUUACCACAAAAUAUGAAGUUUGUAGUGUCACAAAGAAGUUGGGAUCGAAUAUAAAAUAAAAAUGAUCAUGAGACGAAACGCUGUAUUUGUUUAUAAUAAAAUAUAAAUAAUAUUGAUCA